UAGGUAUGUAAGUAUCUCCUGUCAACGUCAUCGUGUCCAACAUAACAUGUUUGCUCACAUAUUUCUAUAUGUAUUUUGAUAUAUACAUUUCAUUGCUGAUUAAAAGUGCCGUUAAACAUUUUUCUCAAGUGCAAAAUACAACUUAAAGCCAUUUAUAAAUUAUAAUAUCUAAAGGUUAUACGUAGUGGGAAACAUAUAUUACCAACCCUUGCAAGAUUGUGCCUUAUAUCUACAUUUUUAGAAGAUGGUCUUCGAAUGUGGUUUCAAUGGAACGAGCAAAAAGAAUAUAUGGAUAUGUCAUGGGGUUGUGGAAAAAUCUUGGCUCAUGUCUUCGUCUUCAUUAAUUUAGUUGGACAACUUGGAGGAUGUGUUAUGGUCAUUGGAAGAUGGAAAGUCAACAUAGCUUGUGGAGUUUUAUUUUUCAUAUUGGUUUUACAGACAUUUGCCUAUAGUAUUUUAUUUGAUGUGCAAUUCCUGUUCAGGAAUUUAGCACUUAUAGGUGCAUUACUCCUUGUUUUGGCUGAAUCCAGAGUGGAAGGAAGAUCACUGUUUGCUGGUGUUCCGUCACUUGGCGAUAAUAAGCCUAAAAAUUUAUUGCAACUUGCUGGAAGAAUACUUUUGGCAUUCAUGUUUAUAACUUUAAUUCGCUUAGAAGUGUCAUUCCUUCAAAUUUUACAAGAUAUUCUCGGAAGCAUUUUAAUGUUAUUGGUGACUAUUGGACAUAAAACUAAACUCAGUGCUUUACUUUUGGUACUUGUACUUUCUGCAUUGAACAUUUAUCACAAUGCAUGGUGGACUAUUCCAAAUUAUAAACCCUUACGAGACUUCCUUAAAUAUGAUUUUUUCCAGACAUUAUCAGUAAUUGGUGGCCUUUUAAUGCUAGUAUCUUUGGGUCCUGGAGGUGUAUCAAUGGAUGAGCACAAGAAAGAGUGGUAGAUGUUUAAUAAACUACCAUCAAAUACAUCAUA